CGCCGUCUCACGCCCUCGCUCGCACACGUCUGUACCACCUGCAGCAGGCGGCGAGCCGGGAAACGAGACUGUGGGUUCCCCGAAUCUUGGGGUUGGAGCCUGAUUGAUAAAAUGCGUGGCUUAGUUUAUACUAAGAAUACCGACCUACAAUACAUAAACCCAUCCUCUUUCCUCGCAUUCCCAGACUGCCGGAUGAGCCCCCCUUCUUGAUAAUACACAUCCAUCCUCUUCCCUGUCCAUCUAUCGGGAUAUCACUCGCACUUCGCCCUCACUCCACGAGCAUACCUUAGCUACCUACUACCUACACAGCAUAGAUCAGCGCUGCUAGCCUGUCUGGUGCCGAUCACGUUACUUGACGACUAUCAACAACCCGAACCUUCAACAACCAACAAACACCCCUGCGGUGAUCAAUGAUCAUGUCAUCUCCCACCACUUCAGACUACGAGCGCAUGGCGCGGAGGGACUCGUCCUCCAGCACCAAGAGGAGGCCGAGGCUCCUGAGGGCCUGCGUCACCGAGCCCUCGCUGACGGCUUCCAACGCGAGCCGUGACGCCCUCGCCAACCCCCAGUCGAGCCGCCGCGCCACCGACCUGCUGAGCCGCGUGGUCUUCACUGGCGGCUCCUCCCCGGACUCGCUCUACCGCGGCGGCUCCUCCCCGGACUCGGCGUCCCAGAACCCCUUCUACGAGAGGAUGGCCAGGACAGAUGAGCUGUGCUCGUCGCCCACCUCCCACAGCGAGACCAUGGACGACGUCCACACACGUCCCCACGGCUCCGACCGUUACUUCAGCUUCCCCCGGUUCGACACCUGGGAGGUUGAUGGCCAGGAGGGCAAGGACGGCAACCUCCAGGCCGCCGGCUGAUGGACCAGCCCCCUCGACUCCCACUCGACAUCCCUCUAGAUCGAGGUAGAUGAUGAGUGGGGGGUCUAUUUUUUCAAUAUAUUUCCACCCCUUCGGCUUUACUUCCUUUCAUCACCUUCGUCCUUCCCUUCAAGGAACAGGUCAGCAAAGGCGUUUUUCUCCCGACAGACGGAGCUGGAGAGCAACAGCAACAACGAUGCCACGAAUCCAACGACAAAUGACGACAGAAACCAACAAUGAACGAAGCAGCAACAGCCACCUGCUCCUGGGACCGCCCACCCCGGCGCACACCCACUAGCACAAAAUCCCCAAGCGACAGACAAUAUUUCCCGGGGGGAACACACGGAACCGUCUUUGGAUGCAAGGGACCACUAGCAGCCACGCCGCGGGACUCUGGACCCAGCGGCGUCGGCGGUGCACCCACCCGCCCACCCACCACCCC